AUGAACGGAUUCUACCAGAACCAGCACCAGCUGGCCCAGGCCGCUGCUGCACAGCGGCGCCGCCAGCACCCCGGCCGGCCGGCCAACAUGAUGAUGCCGCCCAACGUCAACACAGGAGGAGGGCAUGGCAGCCAGCGUUCGCCUACCAUGCAGCAGCCCAUGAUGGCCACCAUGUCACCCGAUACGCCCAUGAUGGGAGGCGACUCUCUGGACGAGAUCAUAUCUCAAAAUACUGCAACUCGGAGGAGACGGAGUGUGCCGCACCCCUUCUCGCCAAAUCAGCCCCCAACCCACGACGAACCAGAUAGGAGAAUGUCCAUGAACAUGGAAUUUGGGAGCAGCAAUGACCAUUUCAGAGGUUUUCAGUUCGACAGUCCACUGACCACCACAGCACCGCCCGCCUCCAUGGCAGAUGGUCUUCCGGCCUACGGCAAUAUGCCCAACAUGACCUCGCCCAUCACCAUACCGCCCAAUACGGGCAACUUUGAGUUCUCGACAAUGUCUCCGGAUGUCAUGAACAACAUGAUGGGCUUCUCCAAUCUCAGCAUGGGACAGAUGCAAUCUGACCCGAGCGGCAUGGGCCUCUACAGUAACCCAAACAUGAGCCCCCAAUUCGGAACCGCCGGCAUGGAUCAGGUAUCUCCUGACUUUGCGAUGGAUAUGAACCCAGAGAACCCGUUGAACGUCGCCACGGCCAAUGCAUCGGCGUCUGUCUUGGCAGACGAUGGUGAAGACGAGUUGAUGGUUGGAAAUCAGUUUGGGAGCAACAGCUCAGGUACCCCUCAGGCGGCCCAGGGGAGCGGAGCUAUGACAGCCUUCAAUAUGCCCCCGGCAAUGGCGCGAGACGUAUCAAACGCGACUUCCUUCAACCAGUCCCCCGUCUCGCCCGGUCUCAGCACCGCCAGGGGUAGUGUCGUCCCGGAGACGCCCAUACCAGCUCAGGUGGACUCAGGAUCAGCGACGCCAGGAAAUGCCGACGUCAAAUCAGAAUCGAAGAACAUAUACUCCAAGAGUGGUUUCGAUCUGGUUCGGGCCUUGUACUACAUCGCCACGAGACCCAACCCAGAGAUCCAACUCGGAGCCGUGGAUUUGUCUUGCGCAUUUGUCGUCUGCGACGUUACCAUGAACGAUUGUCCCAUCAUCUACAUCUCAGAUAACUUUCAAAAUUUGACAGGCUAUAGCCGGCAUGAUAUCAUGGGCCAGAACUGCCGCUUCCUCCAGGCUCCCGAUGGCAAAGUUGAGGCCGGAACCAAGAGAGAAUUUGUCGCAAAUGACGCCGUUCUCAACCUCAAGCAAAAGAUCCAGGAGGGCAAGGAGGUCCAGCAGAGCUUAAUCAACUACCGGAAAGGUGGUAAACCCUUUCUCAAUCUGCUCACAAUGAUUCCUAUACCUUGGGAUACGAAAGAAAUUCGAUAUUUCAUCGGGUUCCAGAUUGACUUGGUUGAGUGCCCCGAUGCCAUUGCUGGUCAGGAACUGGGCAAGGUCGCGGUCAACUACAAACACAGCGACAUUGGACAAUAUAUAUGGACUCCGCCAGAGGGUGACCGAGUCGAACCAGACGCUGGUCAAACACUCUCUGCAGAUGAUGUGUCGACUCUCCUGCAGCAACUGAAACCGGGAGGAACAAACCUGGGUGACUGGCACAAACAAUCUUGGGACAAAAUGCUCCUGGAAAACGCAGAUGAUGUCGUGCACGUUCUCUCUCUCAAGGGACUGUUCAUGUACCUGUCACCAUCGUGUAAGAGAGUGUUGGAGUACGAUACCAAGGAACUCAUCGGCAACCAGCUAUCUUCGAUCUGUCAUCCAUCGGACAUCGUGCCUGUUACUCGGGAGCUCAAAGACACAGCCGUCGGCAAUCACGUCAACAUCGUCUUUCGAAUACGGAGGAAGGAGAGUGGCUACACAUGGUUUGAGAGCCACGGCUCGCUGUUUGUCGAGCAAGGAAAGGGCAAAAAAUGCAUCAUCCUUGUGGGACGCAAACGACCGGUGUUCGCUUUAAGCAGGAGCAACAUCGAGAACAACGGCGGGAUCGGCGACGGUGAGCUUUGGUCAAAAUUGUCAACCUCUGGGAUGUACUUGUUUGUCUCUUCCAAUUGCCGAUCGCUGCUGGACUUACAGCCACACGACCUUGUUGGAACCAGCAUACAAGAUCAGAUGCGAAAGGAGACAAGGCCUGAAUUUGGCCGGUCAAUAGAAAAGGCCAGGAAAGGGAAAAUCGUCAAAUGCAAACACGAGAUCCAGAACAAGAGGGGUCAAAUACUACAGGCCCAGACGAUCCUUUAUCCUGGAGAUGCGGCCGAAGGGCAAAAGCCGACUUUCCUCCUGGCGCAGACCAAGCUCCUCAAAGCAUCCAGCAGGGCCCUGGCUCCAGCAUCAUCCGUUGGGAAGGCCCCGUCACUCAUAAGCGCCGGGCCUCCAGAGGACCCCCUUCAGCCAUCACAUGGUUCCCUGGCCUCGCCUAAUCGAGGACGGGCCUCGUCUGGACCAGAACAGGGUAUCAUGUCUCAAGGCCAAGGAGGCACCUUGGCUCUUGGUAAUCAGGAUGCCGCUCUCGCUAGCGAUGACAACAUCUUUGACGAGCUCAAAACGACCCGUUGUUCGUCAUGGCAGUAUGAGUUGCGCCAGAUGGAGAAGGUGAACAGGCUGCUGGCGGAGGAGUUAGGCCAGCUAUUGAGCAACAAGAAGAAACGGAAGAGGAGAAAGGGUGUGGGCAAUGUGGUCCGUGACUGCGCAAACUGCCACACUCGGAACACUCCAGAAUGGCGCAGAGGGCCAAGCGGACAGCGGGACUUGUGCAACAGCUGUGGUCUGCGAUACGCCAAGCAGACCGGCAGAGUCUCACCUCGCAACUCGUCCCGUGGCGGCAACGGCGAUUCACACUCUAAGAAGUCCAGCUCGCCAAAACAAUCUUCGCCGCUACAUCGUGAGCUCGGCGUCGUAGAUGUCCCAGCCGCAUCUCUAUCUCAAAAUCCAGGCGCUACUGACAGCAUCGGCACCGGCAGCAAGACGACACGUUCGCCCAGCUCGGCGAGCGCGCAGAACAACACUGCCAGCAUUCCCACCUCCGCAAGUAACACCAGUUCAGCCGGAGGCGCGACGCCGAUGAAGAUAAUGAUGCCACCGCCAAGUCAGCCUAUGCUCGAGGGCGGCUCUGGCGCGCACGGACAUAGCAUGAGUAUGACGAGUAUUGCUGAGGAAAGGGACUGA